CCACAACAGCAGCAGCAGCAACAGCCUGCGGAAUCCGAUGGCGUCUGGGGAAAGUCUGGACAGAGAUUCUCCAACAAAAAUGCCAGCGAGUAUUAUGACCCCUGUCAAGAAUUCGCAACUCGAAGUCUUCAGUGUAUGAAGCGUAACGCCUUCGACCGGGAAAUGUGCGGUGAUUACUUCCAAGCCUAUCGGGAUUGCAAAAAGGAGUGGGUAAGUCGUCUUUGUCUUUCAUUUAGUUCU